GAUUUCUUGCACUGGGCCUCUAGGAUGGUAUUAGCGCCAGGCUUACAAUAAGCAUCAAUCAGUUUGGUCCCAUUCCCUUGUGCUUUCUCCAAAGGCUCGUGCUCCCUACUUUUCUCAGGAGCCUGAAAAGGUGUCUAGUACUGAAACUUGGGCCUUAACCAUUUAUUUGAAUUGGGGGUGGGUUCAUGUUUAUCUUCUUCCCUCAGUUUAGAGCUUUGACCGUGUCAUCAGAUACUUCCAGGAAAAGAGAUAUUUACCCAAAGUGUUAUUGAUUACUUCAUUGCAAGGCCUUCAUGGUGUAUUAUUAAAAAACCAAGUACAUUGACAUAACUCAUUUUAAAAUCCAGUAUUCGUUAAUGAAUGGCUAUCCAUCAACAACAUUUCUUCAUUGCUAUGAAUUCUUUGACUUGAUCAAAGUCAUAGUGGCCUGGCUAAAUAUUCACCAGAAAAAAGUUUAACUAUAUAAGGGGACUCUUCAAUUCCCUCAAAUGAUAGAGCACCUUCCAUAAAAGUUUGUCUGAAAAAAAUGAAGACUGUCAGAUUCAUAUAUUUUCUUGCUUUCUUCAGCCACAUUAAAUGUCAAACUCUUCAGAGAAGUUUACUAGAUGCAGCCAUGCAGCACUCUAAUAGCCAGAAUUAACUGGAGGAGAACUUAAGAGACAUCAUUAGCAUUAUGGUUGCUCAGUUUCUUCAGAAAUCCACUUAUGAAGAAGUACAAACCAUAGUUAAAGAGUUACUAGAUUUUGCAGAGAAUUGCAAGAGCCUCAAGCCAAAUGAGUCACCUUCAGAAUGCUCUUAUCAAUUGAUGGCCACCUUCUUAGAACAUAUAUGUAAUAAUCAAGGAAUGGCUGACAAACAUGUAUAUUCUGACUGUUGCAAUAUAUUGUAAAUAACACAGCAAGACACAAGUGUUUCCUAUUAAAUAAAAAAAGACGAAGCAGAUUACAGGGAAAUAUUGCAAAUUCCAAAUCCUGAGCAGAUUUGUGAGGUGAACAAAGAGAAUCAAGUGUUAGUGAAGAAGAGGUACAUUUAUGAAACUUCUAGAAAGCAUCCAUUCUUGUAUGGACCCACUAUUCUGGCCAUGUCUUCUUGCUAUGAAACAGCUGUUCAGUCAUGUUGCCAAGAAGAAAACAAGACUGAAUGCUUCCAGAUAAAGCUACAACCCAUCGCAAAAUACAUUAGAGAAAUAUCUUUGAGGCAUCAUCAUUUAUGUGAAAUUGGGACUAAAUUCAACCACAAAGUAGCAAAAGCAGUGGAAUUGGUUCUUUUGACUAAAAAACAACCUAAUGCUAACUUUUCUGAAAUUGCCAAACUGGCUACUGAUAUUAAAAACCUUCAUCAGACCUGUUGUGAAGGAAAUGCAGUAGCAUGUGUGUUUGGCAGGGUAAGAUAUUCUUUUUGCAAAGUGGAUUCAGUAUAUCAAAAGUUAUUGGGAAAAUGCUGUAAAUUAGAAAAUCCUCUGGAAUGCUAUAGCCAUGGGAAAGAGAUGUUCCAAAGAGUAGUUCAUGAAAGCCACAAGCGUGUUAAAAAUCAUUGUGAUUUGCUUGAGCAAUUAGGAGACAGUAACUUCCACGACAGGAUCCUGGUCCUUUACACUAAGAAAGCCCCACAACUAUCUGCUCAAGAGUUGGUCAUGUUCACAAAGAACAUGGCGGCUGCUGCCACCAAAUGUUGCCCUCUGAGUGAUGAACAGCAGUUUGCCUGCAUGGAGGACGUGGCUAUGCUAAUUCUUGGAGCUUUAUGCAGAAGACAUGAGACACAACCUAUCAAUGCUGGUGUGGGUCACUGUUGUGAUGAUUCCUAUGCCUUCAGAAAGCUAUGCUUUGAUGGUCUAAAAGUUGAUGGAACUUAUAUUUCUCCAUAUUUAUCCUAUGACCAAAUUAUCAGCAUUAAAGAGGACUUGUGCAAAGCUCAAGAGGAAGAAAUCCAAACUGGAAAGCAAAAGCUCCUCAGCAACCUUGUGAAGCAGAGACCAUAUGCAGCAGAGAUGCAGUUCCAGCCAAUUAUUGCGGAUUUUACUCAGCUGGUGAAGAAGUGCUGCCAAGCAGAAAAACGUGAAACAUGUUUCCAAGAAGAGGCAUCCAAACUGAUAGAAAAGUGCCAGUCUCUCUUGGGAGGCUAAAUGAUUCUGGAAAUGUCAAUGGAGGGUGAUUGCUGGGAUCUGUAUUUUAUUCUUCACGAACAAUGAAACCCAGUUCUAAUAUUCAAACCAACAA